UAUGAAGACGGUAAAAUUUUGGAGUCCUGAGGCCAUACACUUGUCUUCCGUCACUUGUCUUUCUCUCUCUCUUUCCCUUUCCCUUUCUCUUUCUUACUCUUUCUGCAUCCCGUUCACUCUUCCCUUCAGUCAAUCUAUCCGAUCAAGCGAUUCAAUCAAUCGAUCAUCAAACCCUCUUUGCUCUCGUCGAUAUCCAUCCAUUUUCCGUCUUAUCACGGUUCUGCGUUGGAGGGAGGAUCAAAUUCAUAACUCCAUUGAAUCUCAUUGGUCUUGUACUUUCUCCUCAACAGCCAGUGAUCGUGCUUGACUGUCAGGGACUUCUGGUUCGCCAAUUGAUUGCCUGCGCGCAUCGUGGCCUUCCCCAGUCAUAUCUCUGCUAUCUACUGGUCCAGAGCGUCGUGUGGCCCCCCUCGAACAAAAAAUAACCCGAUCGCCUUUUCCUCAUUGUUUGGUUCCUUGACAUUUCCACCACCCCAUCUGAGCAACGUGUGACCCACUGGGUUACCUUUCGUGUUGCAUCACCCGCGUCACCUCCCGCUUUCCCAGAUCUCUCCCGUAUUGGAGUCCUGCAGUUUGUAAGUCUAACUCUUUCUUGACACGGCCCCAACUACGCCCUGGAGGUUCCAGAAGAUCGGUGCGCCAUCCACGUCGCUGGGCAUCAAAUCAGAUUUAGUCCAACCCCCCAAAAUAAAUCCCAAAUACCCAAAAAAAGACAAUUUAACAUUACUCCCCAAUCAUCACCAAAAAAAAAAAAAAAAAA